CUAUAGUCUAAUAUGUAUUCAAGUGAUUUUAAACAGAAUAAUUUAUAUUGCAUUGUAUAGUAAACAAUAAAUAUUUUUAUAUAAAUUGAAUUCUACUAGUGAGAAGUAGUACUUACUAGCAAUUCUAUAUGAGCCAGCAAACUUUCGAGCAGGAUUUUAAUCGUAUACAAUGUCAUAUAUGUUUGUUAGGACGUCAUGCAUCGAAUACUAGAACUCAUUUACAUAAUUGUGUUAAUAUUGUCAGUAGCAUCUGAAAAAAAUAAUGAUAAUCACCAGCAUAUGCAAUCAAAAGAUAUUCAUGUCGAAGCUUUUGCUGCAACACGAAUUUUGCAAUUUAAUAUAACGCUGAUGAAAAGCAUUCAAAAACCAUAUGAAAUUGAAAUAACAUCAGUGCAACAAGACGAAGAGGAUGAUAAAUUCUGUCCUCCCAUUUUUCAUUGUCUCUUGCAUGUGUCACAGAAUAUAAUGUCAACAGUUAUACCUGAGAAUUCUUUUUACAGAACUGAUCGCGAUGACUGUAUUUUUCAUAACGAUUGUUAUUAUAACAUUUCUGUAAGAUCAUUUGAUAAGAUUUUUGAUGAAAGCAUCAUUUUUCAUUCAAAAGAAUGUGUUAAUGGUCUCUGUGCAUGUAAACAUUCUUCAAAGCUACCCACACCAAAAAUAAACUCAACAAUAAUGGACUUAAAUCAGCUAUACUUUAAAUGGCAAAUCAAUAAUGAAGAAUUAGCAAAGCUACCAAAUAAUACAUUUUUACAAUUUUUAACAAUCGAAAUACACGAGCUUAAAAAAUGUAAUAUAUCAUGGACAUAUAAGUCAUCAUUAGCUUCGUUUCAUGACGAUCUGAAUCAAUAUGGAAUUUUAAAGGCAAAUGGCGACUACAGAAAGCAUUUAAACUCUAAUAUGACUAGUGAAUGCUUACGAAUUCGAAUGAAUGUGAUUGAUGACAAAAACUGUAUAGGACCAAAAUAUGAAGAGAUGAUAAAAAUUCCAAAACGAGAAUAUAAAGCUGUUGGCAAAACUUUCACCAUACAAUUCGUGUUAAUAACUGUGGUCAGCGUACUAAGUUUUUGUGGUAUAAUAAUGAUAACUAUAUAUGGCUAUGUUUGGUGGAAUAGGAAAAAGAAUAUCAUCAACUAUUGGCGUGGUAUAUAUAAUAACAAUCCACAGCAUGGCUCGAGUGGAUCACAAAUGAUUCCAAUGCGAGAGAAUCCAUUGUACAUGAACCGAGAUUCGACGGAUGAUGAUUUCUACGAAAUACCGCCUUCAUCUAUAAAGGAAAUUGGUAGAGAGAUAGGAAAAGGUGCUUUUGGAAGAGUGUAUAUUGCUCGAAUAAGUGAAAUACCAGGAAAAGUUUCACCACAAAUAGUUGCAAUUAAGAAGCUUAAAAGACAUCCUACAUCAGAGCAAUUAGAAGAAUUUUUAAGUGAAAUAUCGACAAUGAAACGAGUCGGCAAACAUCCAAAUAUUGUCAGACUUUUAGGUUCAUGUAUGGUUGAUCAAAAUUUAAUGAUGGUCAUGGAAUAUAUCCCAUGUGGUGACUUGUUAAGAUAUUUAAGAGCAGUUCGUGCCAAACACGAAGCUAGCUUGAAGCAUAAUCAGUUAGAAAGUCAAUUAAGUAGCAACAAUAUUAAUAAUAACAAUAAUAAUAGCAGCAAUUCAAACAGUAGUUUUAUGAAAAAUUCAAUGAGUUCACAGACGAUAUUAGGACCCCUUGGGAAAUAUCUCGAUAUUCUGCAUUCUCAUUCAACAAGUUCUGCAUCUGAAACGUCAUCUUAUAUAACUCAACCAGAUAGCUUACCUUCUGGAGUUUUAAUUGGAAAUGGAUCAUCUCGACCAUCAUAUGCUGAAACAAUGUUUACAAACUUAACGGUACCAUCAAAUCCAGAACUUACACCAAUGAUUCCUUCAUUAGAAUACGUUGUUGAUCACACAGAACUCCACAACUUUGCAAUGCAAAUAGCUCAUGGUAUGAAGCAUUUAGAAGAGAAGCAAAUUACUCACCGUGACUUAGCCGCUAGAAAUAUUCUAAUAGAUGAAAAUAAGAAUUUAAAAAUAUCAGAUUUUGGAUUAAGUAGAUGGGGAAUUUACGUAAACACAAAGAAUAAAAAGGUCCCACUGAGAUGGCUUUCGAUUGAAGCAAUGAAAGACAAUUUAUAUUCAAGUAAAAGCGAUGUUUGGUCAUUUGCAAUUGUGCUGUGGGAAAUUGCGACAUUAGGUGGUUUUCCAUAUCCAACUGUACAAAAUCAUGAACUUUUAAACUUUUUAAAGUCUGGUAAUCGUUUAGAAAAACCAGAAAAUUGUUCAGAUACCCUUUACGAGCUUAUGUUGCAAUGCUGGACAACAGAUCCAGACGAUCGACCAGAUUUUAGUGAUAUUUGUAAAACAUUAGAUCCAAACAAAAAUAAAAUUUAUAUCGACUUUAGUGAACUAAGUCCAACUUAUGUAUUUCCACCAACAUCGGAUGGAUUGCAUACCAAUGAGAAAAACAAUAAGAAACUUUGUGAAAAGCUCUCGAAAGCUUAACUUGAUGGAAUGUUUAGAACUGUUUUUUUAAGGCACCCAAAUUCAAAUGACAAUAUUUUGGUGAAAAUUUGCUUUGAGGAAUUCAAAAGGAAGUAAAUUAAUCACGGAUUUUUUGAACAAAAUAUAAAGUCAAAUAAAAUGCAGAUCCAUUUGAAACAAACUAGUUCUGAAAUUUAAUAUCCUGCAUAUCUAGAAUUCAAAACCAGUUUGUAAAUGCAGAUAGUUAAAAGCAAAUUCUUUUUUACUUUUGUUUUCAAAAACAACAUUGCAUUUUAUUCAGAUUAAAAUGUAAAUAUGAAUUCUAUUGUACAGUAGUUGUAAAGUUUUUUUGUUUACUGAUGCUAGAGGGCAGAUCAUCCUGUAACGAAGACAGCCCUUUAAAAGAAAACAAAUAACAAAAAUUUGUCAUUCUAACAUUUUAAAAUAUUUCAAUUAUAAAUUCUCUCAUCGGAAGUAAAAACCUCAGAGUAUAUAUUCAUCAAAAUAUUCCAAUAUUUACUUGAAUUUGGAUAAGUAUUUAUGAAUUUGACGAUAAAGUCAGAACAAAGAAACAUAUUCUUUGAAUUAAAUAAAAACUCAAAAUGUGAUGUUCAUCUGUAUGUCCCUGUUGUGGCUCAAGUACAAUUUUAUUGAUUGUUAUAGGAUUAAGAUUCUCGACUUGUACCUUUUUUUGUAAGUGUUUCUAGACU